GACAAAGUGGCCAGCUUGCAGCAGACGCACGGCCACUUCACCUACGGUGGGAACAAGCUGGACCGCAACUUGCUGAACUGCGCAGGCACGGUCAUGAAGCAUGUGGACGCUGAGUCAGAAAAGCUCCUGUGCGAGAUCUCGCCCAAGUACGGGGAUAUCUUCUCCCAUGACCCGACUCGGCUCAAACACAUCUUCAAAAGCGGGCCCGACGUGGCUACCUUCACCUUGGGCGUGGCGAUGAGUUUGCUGGCCCGAAAG